CAACGAUUGACAGCUGACGGGAACGCAUCGGACGCGUCAAACCGCAUCGCGUGAGGUAAAUUCAGGUCCUGUUCCGUAGCCAUGUAUGAUUACAAACUGUUGAGAAUAACAGAGAGGUUAUGACAACCUGAGAGAAUAAGAAAUAAUUAAAGAAGAAUGUAAUAAGCAUUGGCGGAGAAAGUUAUUUUUUCUAUAUAAAAAAAGAACCUGAGAGAUGGCUGGUGAAGCUGCGUGGAAGAGACCUAAAGCGGGCGACAACGAGGAGGAGCUUCUGCGCCAGCAAGAAGAGUUUUUGAAGGCGAAGCAGCAACCGUCCGUAAAGCCAAUAAAUCCAAGAAAUUCAGCCAACGCUUCGGACGGUGCUCCGAGUGCUAGCAGGGCAAGAUCCCAAUUCUCGAAAUUGAAGCAAUCGAGGGCGAAACAAGAUGUGGUUUCUACCUCGCGAGGCAGCGGAGAAGUGAUAAACCCGGCUGUCAGGGACAAGAUUCGGGAAACGACGGAGGGAAAGUUGGAGGACAUGGUCCAGAAUGUACCUACGGCGUCGUCGAACAUAAUACUUGGCAAUAUUUUGGAAAGAAAAUUCGACAAAUAUGAGUUUAACAACUGUGUUCCCGCAACAGUCAAGUUAGGGUUCCCCGAGGUUUUUAGAUUCGACGACGCGUCACUUGUGGAAAAAAAGACUGAUGGUAAGCAGAGUUUAUUCUGGCAAAAAGUUUCAGAGGUGAAAUCUGUGAGAACUGAGUCGGUGAAAGUUCAGAGGGAUGAAUCUUCCCACUGCGACAAGGGAGAGGCGAUUGCGAUGGAAGAUCAAUUGGCCAUUGAAAUUCACAAGGAAAAUUUGGAAAAGUUGGCGCAAAUGAACGAGGCGGAGAUAUUACACGAAAAGAGGAAGCUUGAGGAGACUCUUGAUCCUAAGAUAAUACAGUUUUUAAGAAACAAAAAGAAGAAAUCCGGCAAAAGAUUAAUUGAACAGGACAAUAAGCAAAGUAGCAUUUCAGCCGCGAGCAAAACCACAGCAAUGGAUAUAGAAGUAUCCAGUGAUAAGAAGAUGAAGCUUUCGUCAAACGACAACUUAAACGACUCGGAAAUGGAUUGCAAGAAUGAUACAGCGAGCACUUUAAUUACAAAAGAAACAACAAUGGAUACAAGAUCUAAUAAUAGGAAGACAAAGUUUCCUUCGGAUGAUAUCGAUACAAAAAUGGAUUGCGAGGAUGACUCCUCGAGCAUAAUCCCAGGAUUAUCCAAAGAAUUAUUCGAAGAAAGCAAACAGAAAGGAUGGCUGCAUAUGAACGCUCCCGAACCAGAAAAGUUGAAGUGGAUGGAAGACUUGCCGGAAAAGAAAGAAGACGAGCCCGAACCGACCAAAGAAUACAAUGCGAGAUUUGAUUUCAACGGUCUUUUAUUGCCGUACAAGGAUGAGAGCUUAACUGUAGACAAAGGCCUCCAUCAUCACGGCGAGGAACCCGAACGUCCCGGAUAUUCCCUUCAGGAGUUGCUACAACUGAGCAGGUCUUCCACUCAACAGCAACGGGGUACAGCCCUUGUCACUCUGGCCAAUAUCAUGGAGAAGACGCGCAAGGGUUGGUACGACAAGGCCCUGCAUCCAGCACCACUGGUCGCGCUCAGUCAAAAGAACAUUCUGCUGCUGCUGAGAUUCUCGCUGGAUGACUCGUCGGUGGCUGUAGUCACGGCGGCUCUGCAAGCUCUCAGAGCUUUCCUGGUCAGCGAGGCGGACGAGGUAUGCUUGGACAGACUACAUGGAUUCGACGGAUACGCAGAGCCCACCUUGACGCCUCAACUUGAAGACAAGGAUACAAGUAGCCUGAAGGAUCACGAAUUGGCACAGUUGGAUACCGUGGCUACGCUACUGAGAUCGGAUUUUUUAUUGAGAAUCAG